AAAUGUGGCGUGGGGGAGGUCCCCAAGGGUGUCCGGGGAUGUGGGAGGUGCUUCCCACUCUCCUGGCCCCACGGCAUCCAUGGGUUUGUGGGGGGGACUCUCCGAGGGGGUGUCCCCAUAUUUGUCGGUGGAUGUGGGAGCUGCUUGCCACUCCAGGGUGCUCCUCACCCACCGGGAUCACUGGGAUUUUGGGAGGUUCCACUUAGUGGAUCCCUGAAAUUUGGGGAGGGGGUUGCUCUGUAAUUUGUACAUGAAUAAGGGGUUUUUUUCCCACUUUUUUUUUUUCCCCAUAGGAGCCCCUCCGUUCCCAUCAUGCUGCUCCAGAGCUCCUGGGCUGUGCUGCUCCUCGGUGCCACUGCUGGGUUUUUGGGGUGGCUGGGCCUUGCUGCCCUCCCAGAGAAGGUGGGGACCCCCCCACAAAUCCUCCUCGAGACAACCACGAGUGACAGCCGGCUCCAGGAUGAAGGCACAUCCCAGGAGGAGGAGCUCUGGGAGACCUGGAUGAGGUCAGCACUGGAGGAGACCCCCGUGGCCCAGCUGGUGCAGGACAUCUCCCGCCGGAUGGGGGACCUGAGCAGCCGUGGGGCUGCAGAGCUCCGGGCUGGACACCAGGUUGUCCCAUCCAGCUUCCAUCAGGAGCAGGAAAGACCUCGGGGUGUUCAUCCCCAGCCAGAGAGCAUCCUGCUCCUUCAGGAGGUGAUGGAGAAGCUGCAGAGGGUCAACCAGAGCCUGGAGCUGAUGCUGACAGCCUUGGAAGAUGCACGAAGCCGGCUGGAAAAGCACCUGGAGCACCUCAAAUCCAUCCCUGCCCCGGACGGUCAGAGCCAAAGUGUCACCUCCUCCUGCAUCCCACACGGCUCAUACUUGGCGCUCCUGGUUCUCCCGCUGGUGCCGGCGCCAUUCCAGCCCAUCCUUCUCCUCCUCUUCCUCGCUUCCCGUGCCCUCGGCGUUCCAGCCAUCUCCACUCUCCUGGUCCUUGCUGCAGCAGGGCAUUGGGUGGCAUCCGCCUGCCGUGGUGCCGGAAGGAUCCGGCCGGUGGUUCCCCGGGAAAAGGCUCGGUACCGGCUCACCUCCACCCCGGAGAGGGAAUGCGACAUGGAGCUGCUGCAAGAGGAGCUGGACAGGAUGGAGAUGAGCUGCCUGCAAAGUGAGAGGUGCCCACAAGAGCCCUCGCACCUGGAGCAGCCCCAAGAGGUGGCCGGGGACAUUCCCAAAUUCAGAGGGCAGGCGUCACCCAACCCUGGUGGCCAGAGGACAACACCGAGCCCGUGUGAGGUGACACCGGAGCCGGCCAUGGAUGCUGGGAAGCUCUGGGAGCCCAAACCCCGCAGCCCGAGGGCCAACAUGUCCCCGUGCCAGGGGCUCACCAGGGCUGGGCAGCGGUGCCGGAAGAAGGCGAUUCCCGGGCUGGAAUUCUGCCACAUCCACACCACCGGCAGUAGCUCGGCCAUGGAUUCAUCCCCCCGUUUUUGACCCUCUACCCCUCCCUGAGGGGUUUUUAACCCUUUUUAUGGCUAUUCCAUAUCCUGGUGGAGAACAUGGAGCCUAAGGAUGCCACUGGAUGUGGGCACAGGGCAGAUGUUUAUUAUCCCACCAGUUUUAUGCUAUUUGCAUAUAUUUUAAUAAAUGCCACGUUUACAGCUGGA